ACAUUUCAGGCUAUUGAGGCAAGACGUCAGCGAAUGUCUGCAUGUGAGGAACCCUCAGAUGGGGUGUUGAUCAAAUUUAAAUAUCCAAAUGGACACACCAAUAUGAGGAAAUUCCGUUUGUCAGAGCCAAUCCAGAUCUUGUUUGACUUUGUGGGACAAGAUGAUAUUGCCAGUGAAAUCUUUGUGGUGCAAGAAGCUGCAUCAUCAAGAUCAGUUGAGAGUAGUUCCUCCGGGUCAAUAAUGGAUCAUGGCAUUAAAGCAUCCUCAACUCUAUAUGUGCUUUGGUUUUCAAAUAAGGAUGUACAGGAAAUUCUCUCAGAUCAACAAAAUGGAGCUUAUGCCCUACACCAUACAUCUCACGGUCAGUCAUCACUGUCUGAGACCUCCACCCAGCCAAGUCUCUCUGAGCCCCCCACCCGCCCUCUGCUGCCUGAGCCCCCCACCCGCCCUCUGCUGCCUGAGCCCUCCACCCAGCCACCGCUCACUCUGUUCUCACAACCACAAGAAAUCCUGACUCUUUAUGAUGAACCAUCACUCUCUCCUUCAUCUGUCCAAGAACCAAUCAUUAUUCUUGAUGAACAAGAUGAGUCGGUUUCACAGAAUCAGCCUCCUGUAUCAACACAUCACCUCGGAGGACCUGUGGAUGAGAUUGAUCUACAGACCAUAUUGAAAAAAAUGGUCAGCAAAGUUGAUGGGAGAUUCUGUCCAACAAGCAACCAAAUAAACGUGUGCAGGGAUAAUGUUUUACUUUGUAGCCUGCGGGCAUUCAAGCGUAGGUUCUUCAACCCUGAAGCAAAAUUGGAUGUUGUUUUUGUGGAUGAAGAUGACAAUGGUGAAGGGGCAGUUGAUGAAGGCGGCCCGACAAGAGAGUACCUAAGGCUGUUGAUGAGGGCCGUCCACCAGUCAAAUAUCUUUGAGGGACACGAGAAAGACCGGCAGUUGUCUCUUGAUACUCAAGCUUUGCAGACUAAACUGUACAUGUGGGUGGCAAAAAUGAUUGCUGUGUGUGUGGUCCAUGGAGGAGUCGGUCCACAUUUCUUUUCCGAAAGACUUUUCAAUCAAAUCUGUGGGAUACCAACACCACCGGCCAUGGUGGAUGAAGUUUGUGACCAUGCUUUCAGGGAACAGUUAAUAAAAAUACAGGAAGCAACAACAGUCCGAGAGGCGAACAGCGCAAUUGCAGAGGCAGCAGAUAGUCUCAGCAUUAUAGGUGCCUUAAGACAUGUGUCCAGCCUGGAGGAGAAGGACUCCCUUGUCCAGUCAGCUGCAGACUUCUUCGUCAAUGGAAGAUUGGCGACUGCCCUGGACCAGUUUGUUGAGGGGUUAAAAACACUUGGUUUACUGGAGGAGCUGAGGAAGAAUCCGGCAGUGUUCUACAACAUGUUUGUCAGUGAGGAGAUUCCACUGCAGGCGAAGGACCUAUGCACUUUAUUUGAUGUGGACUUCUCUGUGCAAGGCAGCAACAGGAGAGACCGAGAAAACAUGACAAUAUGCUUUUGGCGUGACUGGUUAAUUGAUAUUGAAGAAGGAGAAUGCAGUCCAGUCACCCUAGAGAAGGUAUUGGAGUUUACAUCUGGUGCUUCAACAGUGCCUCCACUGGGAUUUCCACACCGUCCACAAAUUCAGUUCCUUCAUGAGGGCAACAGAAUCUUCCCAGAAGCAAAUACUUGUAUUCUUGUACUCCGCCUGCCACUGCACUCUUCCUAUGAAGCCUUCAAACAACACAUGAUUGAGGGAAUUUUGCAAGCUCCAACCUUUGGACUUGCAUGAUGUCACUGUGUGUAAAACGUAUUAAUGGAAAUUCAGUUUUCACUUGAGCUGUGUUUCUGCUUGAAAGUUAUUGAACAGAAUGCUGUUGAAGCAACUCACUUCAACAAAAAAUUUAGGUGCAGUAAUCCUGUUCAUUUUGCAUGAGUAACAGUUCGAUUCAGUUGAUGGCGGUUAUUCAAUAUUGAGCUUUUUGAGCUAGCUCAAACUUGUGUAGUUUUUUUUUUUAUUAUUAUUUAAGUUAUGUUUAUAUAUCUUAUUUGUUUUGAAAAUGUAUUUUUUUUUCUUUAGAUUUUAUGAGACACAUAUUGGGCUUAUAGUUCAUGUUUACUAUGACGACACUGAGGUUGAUCUAAUGAAUUAGAUAUCCUUUAUUAACCAACUGUAAGAAAUUAUUGGGCUUCUAAUUCAGUGAGUUUGAAAUCACUCAUAACAGCCAGUAUGUUUGGUUAAUGUACAUGUUAAUGAAUACAGAGAAGGCAAACAAAAAGUCUGGCUGGAUGUCAACCUCAACUGCUUAUCAUAAUAACCUGUCCCCAUCACGACUUGGUCUCUGUUCCGAUUAGUGGAUUGAAGUUAGGGUGUUUUUGGCAGUUAAACCUCUCUCCUCCACUGUUAAUCUAAAAUUCUCAU